UUCUUGAGUAUUUAAACCUCAAAAUUACGUUAUAAGUACCCGAUGUCACGACCUGUGCAUUAUUACAUUAUUGGUUGCAUAUACACCAAAGUAUAUUAAAAAUGGAGCCAUGGAAAGACCUUAGCGGAAAAGUAGUGAUGGUGACCGGUGCAUCGUCAGGAAUCGGGUUAGAGUUCUGUCUCGACUUGGCCAAAGCCGGUUGCAAAAUCAUUGCUGCUGCUCGUCGUGUUGAGAGACUGAAAUCUCUAUGUGACCAAAUUAAUAGUAAUUCAGAGGGACUCCAACGGGCAAUCGUGGUCCAACUUGAUGUUACCGCUGAUGGUGCUACUAUUGAGUCCGCGGUACAAAUAGCUUGGGACACCUUUGGACGUAUCGAUGUCUUGGUUAACAAUGCCGGAGUUACAGGUAAGCACUCUUCAUUGGAAUUGUCAGAGGAGGAGUGGGACAAUAUGUUUAACACGAACCUAAAAGGGGCAUGGUUGGUGUCCAAAUAUGUAUGUAGACGUAUGCGCGAUGCUAAACAGGGCGGAGGGUCUGUUAUUAAUAUAUCUUCCAUGGCUGGUUUAAAUAGGGUAGUAUACAUAGGGACAUUUGGUUACGCUUCUUCAAAGAUGGCUCUUGACAUGGUUACUAAGAAUAUGGCGAUGGAAUUGGGAGUAGACAAGAUCAGAGUGAACUCAAUAGCACCAGGAUAUUUCAAAUCAGAGAUAACAGAGGGGCUUAUGCAAAAUAAAUGGUUCAAUAAUGUUACUAGGAGAACUAUUCCUCUAAGAACAUCGGGAACGAUUAAUCCGGCUUUAACAUCAGUGGUGAGGUAUUUAAUCCACGAUUCUUCAGAAUAUAUUUCGGGAAAUGUCUUCAUCGUUGAUGCUGGAACUACCUUACCAGGUGUCCCCAUUUUCUCAUCACUCUAGUCAUAGAGACGGAUCCUACCUUUGAAGUUUAUGACUUCUUACAACGAAUUAAAUUUAAUAUAUAAUGCUGAAUGAGUUCAUAGCCAAAUGUGUUUAGAGGAAAAAUGAUGUUGGUUUUGUCUCACUGUUCAAUUGUGUCCAAGUGAAGUGUAUCUUGAUGCA